AUGGACGCCGUCAAAAGACACCGCUGUCGAUACGUCGCAAUACCAAUAGAUUGCACUCCGAAGAGAAGAAGAAUUGAGAGGAGAGAUCCUACCCCGAGGUGGGGUUGCUAUGGGGCGGCGGACCCUGGUGGGAAAAGCAUUCCCGUGGCCCUGCCAAUAUGCGACGAAGGUGGGACAUCAUUGGAGCUUAGUUGGUGCGAGUCCGACAUAACCCGUCCUUGCCCCCGCGAGGCGGGUAUGUGUAAGCAUUUUCUUAUGUAA